AAUACCCACUGAACGAUGUGGAUCCUGCGUCAUCUUGCCGAAAAUGAUAAAGGACAGUACAUCUCUCCUUUCCAUGACAUUCCAAUAUAUGCAGAUGCUGACAAGUCUGUCUUCAACAUGGUUGUGGAAAUACCUCGAUGGACCAAUGCUAAGAUGGAGAUUGCAACUAAAGAUCCUCUAAACCCAAUUAAACAAGAUGUGAAGAAGGGAAAGCUACGUUACGUUGCUAAUGUAUUUCCCCAUAAGGGCUAUAUCUGGAAUUACGGUGCUAUUCCACAGACAUGGGAAAAUCCAUUGCAUAAAGAUGAAAAUACCAGCUGUUGUGGAGAUAAUGAUCCAAUCGAUGUUUGUGAAAUUGGGAACAAGGUGUGCAGUAGAGGAGAAGUAAUUCAAGUAAAAAUUCUGGGUACGCUGGCAUUGAUUGAUGAGGGUGAAACCGACUGGAAGAUCAUUGCAAUCAAUAUAAAGGAUCCUGAAGCUGCUAAUUUGAAUAAUAUUGAUGAUGUCAGGAGAAUUAAGCCUGGAUACCUGGAAGCAACUGUGGACUGGUUUAGAAGAUACAAAGUACCUGACGGGAAGCCAGAAAACCAGUUUGCAUUCAAUGGAGAAUUUAAAGAUAAGGACUUUGCAACUGAUGUUAUUAAAAGCACCCAUAACUACUGGAAAGCUCUGGUAAUUAAAAAAACAGAUGCAGGAGAGAUUUCUUGCACAAAUACAACCGUGGCAGAUAGUCCUUUCUGUUGCAGUCAAAAGUCUGCAGCAGCCACUGUGACAAAGCUACCUCCUUCUGGGACCUGUAAGCCACUACCAACUGAAGUGGACAGAUGGUUCUUUUGCCAGUGAAACUUGACCAAAAGGCAAAAGUGACAGAAGCUGUUGCCUACUCAUCAAGAUAUUUGUGCAAAAUAUUUGUGAAGAAUUAGCUGAGAAUUAAGAAUCUUCAACUCCAAGACAAUAUGUUUAUAAACAAGUAAAUGGUGACUCAUAGCACACUGUAUGCGCUAAAAAUAUGAGAUCAUAUAAUGUAAAACACCACCUAAAGUCUUCAAAUAUACAUUGUGAAACUCACUGUUA